AUGGCGGCCCAGUUCGAGAACCUGCCAGACGAGCUCAAGCUGGCGACGGCGGCGCACGUCAAAUACGUCCAGAGCCUUGAUACCCGCAAAGACGAGUACGACUACUGGCUGACGGAGCACCUGCGCCUCAACGGUCUCUACUGGGGCCUGGUAGCGCUGCACCUCCUCGGCCACCCGGAGGCUCUCCCGCGGGACGAGACGAUUGAUUUCGUGCUCUCGUGUCAGCAUGAGAGCGGGGGGUUCGGGGCCGCGCCGGGCCACGACGCGCAUAUGUUGUACACUGUUAGUGCCGUUCAGAUUCUGGUCAUGAUUGAUGCGCUGGAUGAGUUGGAGGCGAGGGGUAAGGGUCAAGGGAAGGCGCAGGUUGGCAAGUUCAUUGCGGACCUCCAGAACCGUGAAAGCGGUACCUUUGCAGGAGACGAAUGGGGCGAGGAGGACACGCGCUUCUUGUACGGCGCCUUCAACGCCCUCUCCCUCUUGGGCCUGCUCUCCCUCGUGGACGUCGACAAGGCCGUCGCGCACAUUGUCGCCUGCACAAAUUUUGACGGCGGGUACGGCGUCAGCCCGGGCGACGAGUCUCACUCGGGCCAGAUCUUCACGUGCGUUGCGGCGCUCGCCAUCGCGGGGCGUCUGGACCUCGUGGAGGCGGAUAAGCUAGGCCGAUGGCUCAGCGAGCGGCAGGUUGCGGGGGGCGGGUUGAAUGGCAGGCCGGAGAAGGACGAGGACGUGUGUUAUAGCUGGUGGGUGUUGAGUAGUCUGGAGAUUAUCGGGCGGACGCACUGGAUUGAUCGGGGCAAGCUUGUUGCGUUCAUACUGAAGUGUCAGGAUCAGGAGUUGGGCGGGAUUUCGGAUCGGCCGGGGAAUACGGUUGAUGUGUGGCAUACGUGCUUUGGGAUGACGGGGUUGAGUUUGUUGGGGUAUCCGGGGACGGUGGAGGUUGAUCCGGUGUAUUGUAUGCCGAAGCCGACGAUUGAUCGGGUGCUUGGGAGGAAGUCGUCGUGA